CACAAAAGCGAUAGGUCGGCUCUGAUUAUACCUCCGCUAUCGCGGAGAGUAUAGGAGCUGAACAACAAACUAUCAACCUACCAAGAAGAAGAAGAAUCUACAUUUGGGAAAUAAUAGCGAUUGGAGCAAAACGCAUUCAGCUUGCUGAAGUCAAUAGUUGGCAUCAAAAUGACUCAAACAUUUGCAGAAGAUCAAUAUGGAAAGAAAGUAGAUCAUUGCUUGUCGGACACUCUCCUCAAAUUUGGUGGUGGAUUGGUUCUGGGUAGUGUCUUCUCGGUACUAUUUUUCAAACGUCGCGCUUGGCCAAUCAUUAUAGGAUCUGGAUUCGGCAUCGGUGUGGCAUAUAACAACUGUGAACGUUCCUUGAACGCUGACAAAUAAUUAAUAAUAUAUUGAUUUAUACGGCAUGGUGGCCUAGCGAACACCGUCAAAAACAAUGUACAUCGUUCUUUAUUAAAAUUGGGGUAAACAAGGAAUUUUACGGUUAUAAACGCUAAAUACAUUCAAUUAAUAAACAUCGAUCGA